CGAUGUUCUUGUCAUGAAGUCAAUUAUUUUCGCGCGGCUUUGACCUCGAGACCAUUCAACACAACUCUUCGGAACGAAACGCGACAAACUUGCCUGUAAUCGACACAACAAAGCCCUUCUCUUUGAACGCCCGCCCAGCAUGGCGGCCGAGCAACGGAAGCUGCUUGAGCAGCUCAUGGGCGAGCAGGCCAUGGCAGCGCCAGGCGCACAGCGUCAGACGGCGCUGACCAUGACCGACUACAAAGUAUGCCGAUCCUAUCUCUGUGGCAGCUGCCCGCAUGAUCUUUUCACCAACACGAAGCAAGAUCUCGGUCCGUGCAGCAAAGCGCAUCAGCCCAACCUCCGCGAAGAGUACCAGAAUGCCUCAGAGGAGCAAAAGCGAGAAUGGGGGUUUGAAUUCGACUAUCAGCGCGACAUAGCCAAGUAUGUGGGCGACUGUGAUCGUCGAAUCGAUCAAGCACAGCGACGUCUUGAGAAGACCCCGGACGAGAUACGCCAGACCAACGCGCUAUUGAAGCAGAUCAACGACCUGCGAGGAACGAUUGAGUGUGGUAUUGAGGAGGUUGAGAUCAUGGCAGAGGAAGGCGCGGUCAAUAUUGCAGUCCAGGACUACCACGCUAUUCGACUCAAAAAAUUACAGAAGGAAGAGCGGGAACGGGAGCUCAAGGCGUUGGCAGAUACAUCAGGACCAUCAGGCCACCAGAAGCUUCAGGUUUGCGAUGUCUGUGGUGCAUACUUAUCUCGGUUGGACAAUGAUCGUCGUCUUGCGGAUCACUUCUUUGGCAAAAUGCACUUGGGAUACGCUCAAAUGCGCAAGGAGAAUGAGAAAUUGUCAAAAGAGCUCAAAGGACGUCAACCACCAGUGAGGAACGAGCCCACAGAUGACGGCUCAAGGUACGAUGACGGCUAUGGACGAGGCAGCUAUGGUGGAGGUGGUGGUGGUUACGGCAGAGGUGGAGGAGGAGGUGGUGGUUACGGUCGCGGUGGUGGUGGUCGAAGAGGAGGGCGAUGGUGAAAGGGGCAUAGGCUCUCUUCUCUCGCCAUCUCUACGACCCCAUUUGAAUUUUAGCGUGGAGUUGGGGCGUUCAGAUACCGGGUAUUGUCGUUUCUUGACCUGCAAUUCGAGGAUGAAAUGUACCUUACUGUAACAUUGACCCGAUCAUCAUUGUAUCAUCAAUUGAAAAAGUACACUCUCGGCCGCUCUACAGCGUCGCCCGUUUGCUCUCGGUCCCAUAGCCGACGGUCGGGCUGUAAACCGCAUUCCAAAGGCCGUCAGCUGUUGAGCGAACGUAUCAUUCCGCUGUCCAACUGCAUAUUCAAGUAAAGCUUCAAGAGCAAGGCGCACACGGCCAUCUCGCGCGCAGUCGUAGUUUCAGAAACAAGACUUGUACACAGAUUGUGCUUGCGACUCUAUUCGGAUUCGGCUCUACCUAUGGAAGUCGCUCCUAUUGUUCGUUUUGAAGGGCUCC